AUGAGGAAGAGGAGCACGUACGCGUACGACACCGACGUCGUCAUGGACGACGGAACCACGAUCCGCACCACCGUCACCAACUCCGGCGACGCCGUCAAGCUCUUCCUCAAAGAGGUUUACAAGUACGGCCAGCACCUCAUCGUCGGCCUCGACACCGAGUGGCGGACCAUCAACCACAGGGACGGGCACCACUCGCACCGGAUGGCCGUCCUGCAGCUCUGCGUCGGCUACAGCUGCCUCGUGUUCCAGAUCGUCCGCGCCGACUACGUCCCGGCCGUCCUGAAGGCCUUCCUCGCCUGCCCGAACCAUAGCUUCGUCGGCGUUGGGGUCGACAACGACGUCGAGCGCCUGUACGACGACUGCAAGAUCCUGGUGGCCAACGCGGUGGACCUGAGGUACGUCGCGGCAGAGGUGCUCUCCCGGCCGGAGCUCAGGAAGGUGGGGCUAAAGACCCUGACACGCGAGGUGAUGGGCGUCCACAUCGACAAGCCCAUGGAAUUGACGAAGAGCAGGUGGAGCCAGCCCCUGUCGAUGGAGCAGGUCCGAUACGCCUGCAUCGACGCCUUUGUGUCUUACGAGAUUGGCCGGCUGUUGCUGAUCGCCGCUCAGCGCGCGGGAGAUUCCGCGGCGACCGGUGCAACAUUCUUGCAGUUUAUGUCCUUCGAAUUGCCGUAA